AUGUCUUCUUUUGGAAUGAAACUCUCAUUCUUUUUCUUAUUUGUUGUUGUUCUGUCCCCCCAAAUUCAUGCCAGAGUGGGCAAGCCCUUUAACUUAUUUUCCCUUUCAAGAACCAACUACGAUGUCAAAAGUUCUCAAGUUUUGCCCCAGAAACAAAAAUGUGAAUCUCCAGCACCAUCACUAGCACCAACCUCAGUACCUGCAGCCACACCAACAAUUGAUCCAAUAACACCAUCUGGGUCAGCACCAUCACCAGCAUCAAUAACAACACCAUCAUCAGCACCAACACCAGCACCAGGACCAUCUGAAUCAAUAAUAUCAUCUGGGUCAGCACCAGCACCAGCAUCAAUAGCAACACCAUCAUCAGCACCAACACCAUCUGAAUCACUAAUACCAUAUUUUCCAGGACCAGUGCCACAGCUUGAUUUUGUUGAUAAGGGUGAUGGUUAUGGCCUUUAUGGUAGAACUUCUACACAAUAUUCUCCCAUCAAGGACACUCCUACCACCACAAACUUUGAAAAUGAGCUCCUAAAUGAAGAGUUUAAUGAUGAGAGCUACAAAACUGCUUAUCCCAAGACCAACUUCAACAGCAACUACAACAAUGAAGUGGACAGAGACAACUUCAAUAAGGAAGAGUACAGGAGCAAUGGCAACAAUGGCUAUGACAACAACUACAAUGACAAAGAAAACUACUACAACAACAAUUACAAUGGCAAUGGCUACGAGGGUAAAAGAGAAGGAAUGAGUGACACAAGGUUCGUUGAGGAUGGCAAGUACAAUUAUCAAGUCAAUAAUGAUGACGAGAAUUACAACCUCAAUGGGUUCGAAUCAGAGAGAGCAACCACUAAAAAUGGUGGUUACUAUAAGAAGAAUCAGUACCAAAAUGUGUUUGACAACGCUGAAGAGUAUGAGAAGCCGGAGGCAUAUCAAGAGUACACGCCUUGA